CCAAUAACCAAUUUUGAUAUUUUGAAUCGAUUAAUUCUGAUUUAGUAUAUUCAAAAUCUAAUAAUUUUUCACUACUAGACACUUUUGUAUCUUUUGGACUGAGUUUCCUUCGAAUGAUAUUCUGGUGUCUUGCAGGAGAUAACGGGGUGGAUGGUCCUCUUUUAGCAGAUGUUUGUAAUUUAGGACUUACAUCAAGUUUUUCUUUAUUACUUUUUGUUAAACUGGGAAUAUCAUUUUCGUUUUGAAUUCCUAACCCGGUCAUAUUGCUUGGUUUAACGUGUAUUGUCGCAUGGGUGGGUGAUGGUUCGGUGAGGGCCACGGUCAGAGACAUUUCGAUCUUGUUGAACUUACCACUGAUUGCAAAUCAAGGUCUUCCUAUCAAUGGGUAUUAAAUGGGAGAUUGUUUACAAAAAUACCCUAACCCUAUUAAUCUCCCCCUUCACACCCGUACACCAAAAACCCUCCGGCCUCUGCGGUACCGGUGUUUACCUUGAUGCAAAAGAAUACCCUAAAACACGGCCAUAUAAAGUCUGCCAUUGGGACAGAUCCAAACGAUUCACCAUAACCAUGGAACCAUCCAGAUGCAGCACGUCAACGUCUGCUCGCAAGCCCCGGGACCAGGAGUUGGGCCAGUACAUUGCCCGCCUAACGGGUACGGGACGAACCAGUGCAGCCACUGCCAUUUACCAGGAUAAUUCAGAAGCGGUCUUCUACUUCAAGGACUACUUUCCCUCUUCCACAGGGCGCCUCAGUCACUAGUCAAGCCCAGGCCAAGUCCAAUGGUCCAAUCAAGACACUGAUCGCAUCCAAUCAAGACACUGAUCGCAUCCAAUCAUUACAUGCAAUCAUUAAAUCAUUACAUCCAUACAAUCAAAUCCAUGCAAUCAUUACAUGCAAUCAUUACAUGCAAUCAUUACAUGCAAUGAUUACUGUAUAAUCAAUCCAUAAUGCAUCCAAUACAUCCAAUACGAAGAUGAGAAUACAAA